AUGAACGGCGGCGCGGUGGAGAGCUUCUUCAUCAGCGAGGACACGCCCGUCGGCAGCGUCAUAGGCACUCUGAGCGUGAAUGGCGACCCGAGCGAGGCGGGCGACAUCACGCUGCGGCUGCAGGAGAGCAACGCGGCUGUGGCGGUGGCGGCCGGCACCAAGAACCUCACGCUGAGCCGCGCGCUCGACCGCGAGGAGGCGCGCGGGCCCUCCAACGUGUAUGUCAACGUGCGCUGUGACCGGCGACGCACCACAGACCCGAGCUUCAUAAUACCGGUGUCGGUGCGCGUGUGGGACGUGAACGACAACGCGCCGGCGUGGGUGGGCGCGCCCUACCGCGUGCGCCUGUCCGAGCUCACGGCGCCCGGCUCCCGCGUGCUGCACCCGCGCGCCCACGACGCCGACCAGCCCGGCCCGCACGCCACCAUACACUACUCCGUGCUGCCGGCAGCCCACAGCGAAUAUCUCGGCUUCCUCAACGAGCUCGAUAGCGUGAUAGUGGUGAAGAAACCCCUAGACUACGAGACGUUGAAGAACUUCACGAUAACGUUGCGCGCGCAGGACCAGGGCACCCCGCCGCUCCACAACGACACCACACUCGAGGUGGAAGUCCUCGACGCUGACGACCAGAACCCCAAGUUCUCGCACGAGCACUACUCAGCGAUCAUAUCUGAUGAUGCGGAACCGGGCACGAUUCUGGAGACCUCCCCCGGCCCUAUCAGUGCGGUGGACCAAGACGUAGGCAUUAAUGCUCCACUGCAGUAUUCCGCAACUGGCGACCAUCGCCAGCUAGUCAGCGUUGAGAAAGACACAGGACGAGUGGCCGCCACUGCAGAUCUGCUGCGGCACCAAGCGCCACUCACCGUCGUUAUCAAGGCGACGCAAGUGGACAACCCGGACCGGUAUGCUCUGGCGACGCUCUCCCUGAGCCGGCUAGCCACAGCGGCGCCGGCGCGGCCGGUCCGGUUCACGCGGCGCCUCUACCACGCCGCCGUGCCCGAGGACACCGCGCCCGGAGCUCGCUUGCUGCAUCUACAUACGGACCCGCCCGCUGAGCGCCACGAGGCGUCCCUACAGUUCUACGUGUCGGACCGCAGCUUCCUGGAGAAGUUCGCGAUCAACAGCGCGGGCGAGGUGCUGCUGCGGCGACCGCUGGACUACGAGACCACCGACGCAUACAACUACCAGGUCAUGGUCACUGACGGGGACUCGAACGACACGGCUGCGAUCAACAUAACGGUGCUGAACGUGAACGAGUGGGAGCCGCGGUUCCGGUACCCGCAGUACGAGUUCCACGUCGACGGGGAAGCGGGAGAGGGAGGCGGGAGGCUGCCGGUGGGGCGCCUCGACGUGUACGAUGGUGACCGCCCUGAUACUGUGGCGCUCACGCUGCGCGGCCCUGACGCAGGAAUGCUGGAGGUGAACGAACUGGGUGAGGUGUUCCUGCGCGGCGACAUGGUGUCCGCGCUCAACUCCUCCGUGCUGCACGCGCUCGCUACUGCUCAGGACUCCGGGCACCCGCCCCGACAGACGUCAGUGCCGGUGCUAGUGCACGUAGGCCCGCGACUGCUGGCGGCGAGCGGCGGCGGGGCGGGGGGGGCGGGGGGAGGCGGCGGCGUGCUGGUGCCAUUCGCGUGCGCGCUGGCCGCGCUGGCGCUGCUCGUGUGUGCUCUACUCCUCUAUAUAUACCGCAAUAAAAGGAGAUCAAAAGCGGCAGCAGAAGUACAGAGUAAAACGAGCAGCGGGUUCGUCAGCCACGAGAAGCCCCGCUCGUCGUCAGGGGCGGGUGUGGGGGCGGCCACAGUGGGGGGCGCGGGGGAAGGCGGGGUCGGGGGCGCGGGUGGGGGCGCGGGUGGGGGCGCGUCGGGCUCGCUGCUGAGUGUAAGCGCCGGCGCCAGCACUAUCCUCGCCAACUCCACCUCCAGUCUGGAUCUGAGAGCUGCUGAAGCAGUACCGGUAACAACGAGCGGUCGCCAGUCGCAGCGUUUCACUAGCAAGAGUAAGGUAGCGCCUCUCCCGGCGACGGCGGGCGACGGCGGCGUCUCCCUCAUGAGCGACCACCUGCGGCCCACCAGCCCCGGCCGCUCCGGGGUCGCCUGGCCCGCGCACACUAUACCCGCGCGAGUCAAACAACUGUCCUGGGACGAGAGGCCCCAGGGCAGCGGGCCGGAGGGGACGGUGACGGACGCCACCAACGCCGCCCUCGCCGACCACAUGAACCUCACCGUCUACUUCUGA